GAGAAGUUCCUAAAUUACACACUGGUUUGCGAGGGUUUUGCAGCAGCGCACAUCUCUCUUUCUCAUUCUCGGACGCGUAGGUCACACACACACACAUAAUGGCCAGCACGGUGGUGGCCGAGAAGACAGAGGAAGAGCUUCGGAAAGAGAUCGAUGAACUCCGCCGCCAACAGCGGGAGAUUACGGAGCGCUUACGAGAUCCCAGGGGUAUUCGCCGCGGUGGCAUAUCGGGCGCCGGACCACGCAAUUUCGCCGUCAAUGGCAGCCGUCAACGUGGCUUUGUUCGACCUGCGGAGAGGAAUGAUGCUGACGACCAGCCUCCAGCAAAAAGGCGACUCUCUUCAGCUGUGGUGAAGGUUGAGGAUGGGGAGAUAACCGAGGGAGGUCCUGAAGCUGCGACAGAUGUGGAAGAGAAAGAAGUAGCAUUUGAUACAAGAGAGGCUGUAAAUACCAAUGGAAGCCAGGGUGAGAGAAAGCCGUCUAAUAAUUGGUCUCAGAGGGAUGGUAAUCAGCGGUCGGCUAAAAUGGACUUUGAAAUCCCUCCUGCUGAACACGUGCCAAGGGUAUUGCCUAAGGAUGAGGACCCUACUGUGGUCAGCAGGAAUAAGAGGAUGCUUGGCCAGCUUCUUGGCACGUUAGAGAGGUUCAGGAAAGAGGACGUGCAACUAUCGGGCACAGAGGCAUAUAUGAGGAGAUCUGAUUCUCUGAAAAGGGCUGAGCAACGGGCACGUGAAGAAAGUGAAAAACUAAGGCUACAAGAGCGUGAACAGAUUGCAGAAAAGCGGAAGAGAGAUCUGACCCUCAGAGCACGUAUAGCUGCAAAGGCAGAGGAAAAGAAUAUGGAACUGCUGUUUCUUCGGUGGAGUGAGCACCACAAAAAACUUGGAAAUUUCAUAAGGACUAAGGCUGAACCUCCGAUCUAUUACUCGUUUGCAAAACCUCUGGAUGAAGAUGCAUCUUCGGCUGAGCAGCAGAAAGAAAAAAUGUUUCAAGAGUGGAAAUAUGCUAGGAGAGAGGAACUGUCGCAAUAUCAGAAACAGAUUUUGGAGCAGUAUGUUGCAAAUGUGGACAAGGAACUGGAAAGGUGGCAAAACGGGAGGAAAGGUAGAAGACCAAAUAACGCUAUGGCAAACUUACAGGAGACAAUGGACAAAGAGCUAGAGACCCAUCAACUCGAGCAUGGUCCCAAGACUAGAAAGAUACCUGAUCAAAGUAACAACGAAGAUGAAGAUGAUGUGGAAGACAUAAAUGUUGCAGAGGAUGACAUGAUGGAUGAUGUGCUGGGUGUCGAUGAUAAUGGGCGAAGGGUUGAUGAAACAGAGAAACCAGAAACAGGUAAUAGUCCACCCGAGGACAAGAAGGACGAGUAGGUAUGUCCGCAAAAUUUUCUCCGAGCUUUGAUUAUGUGUCGAUAUUUCGCCUCUGGUGAUUAGGUCAGUUAUAAUCUGCUGCUUAGGAUCCAGGUUGUUUGUCUGAGGCCACUAUGCUAUGAAACUUUGAUUAAAGGCUAGUUGUACGGAAUUUCUAGAUUUCAUUAUCUGUAUUAGAGUUUUCUGUCAAUGGCAUUGGUGUUUGCAACAGGACUGCGUGAUUAUCGUUGUAUUGAUUUCAAAUAACUAGUUUGUUUGUGACA